UCCGGAACCGGAUGUGGCUGGCUGCUCCAGUGGCUGACCGCGGGGAAAAUGGCCACGGGGACAGACCAGGUGGCGGGACUCGGCCUGGUCGCGGCUAGCCUGGUCAUCUUCGCCUACUACACCGUCUGGGUGAUUCUCCUGCCGUUCAUUGACAGCCAGCAUGUCAUCCACAAGUAUUUCCUGCCCCGAGCCUAUGCUGUUGCCAUCCCACUGGCCGCUGGCCUCCUGCUGCUCCUAUUUGUGGGCGUGUUCAUCGCCUACGUGAUGCUGAAGAACCAGAAGGGGACCAAAAAGACUCAGUGAAGGCCCAGCCCGGAUGAGGCUGCAGGCCUCUCUCUGCCCCCUCCAGGGAAUGACCAAGGAUGGGAACCCAGAGGCCCCUCUAGGCUGUGGCCCCCUCCCGUCUGGCUGCCUGCAGACAUCCCCAUGAGGCAGAGCUGUUCAGGACUCACCUUCACCGACCAGAGCUCCUGCUCGCCCUUUUGGAAGCUAGAAGGGAGAAGCUUCUGGAAGUCCUCCUCUGGCCCAUUCUGGCUGAGGCCUAAGGUCCUCCUCACUUCAUCUUCAGACUCCCUGUCACUUUUUUCCUCUGGAUCCUACCUUCUUGCCACAGUUUCCCUUCUGUCACAUGUGACUUUGGACUUGGCAGGUGUGAGGCAACAUGUGCCUCCCCCCCCCCCCCAUUCCUCUAUGAAGGCAGCUCCCUGGGUCUGAAGUGGCCCAGACCCACUGGGACCUUUAGGUCCUGAAGAGCCUACAGCAAGGACUGGCAGGCCCCAGCCUCAUGGCACCUUAGGAUGACCACAGUGGGCCCCACAUCAUCUGCUGCUCAUGGAGGCCCAGUCCUCAUGUCAGCACACGGGGGAGGGCUGAAUAAUAAAUAUUGAUGCUGUGUU